AUGGACUCCCGACAGCAUCAACGAAACCAGCAACUUCAGCCUCAAAUGACUUCCCAACCGCACAACAGGUUCUCAUGGCAGCAACCUCUGGAAGAAGAUGCUCCAGCCUACCCACCACAGUCGCAACAGCGAGCUCCACAGCAUCAACCUCAACAACCUCAAGUUAGCACAGAUGCGUCAAGGCACUUCUCCUAUGCGCAGACACCUGCAGAGAUGCGUGCUUUCGUAUAUACAUCUUCACCGAACGAUCCUCCUAUGCCACAGUCAAUGCCAAUAUCACUGCCGACAUCGCCAGUGGGAUACACGCCAAUCGAUCCGCGCCCCCAAUCAGUGCUCGAUGCGCAGCUUCCGGUCGUUCCGCCCCAGUCCCAAACGGCUUACAUGCCACCAUCUUACGCGCAGGAUGUUAAGCCUCCCGUCUCCCCCGUCUCCCCCGUCUCCCCCGUCUCACCUCAGCAUGCUUCACAAGUGCAACACUUCUCGCCCGUUUCGUCGAUACCACAACCACAACCUACUCAGCAAAUACCGCAGGUUGAUACACAGCAGAGCAGGCACGCGCGGCAGAUGAGCAACCUGUCACCUAUCAAUACAAACAUCCGGACGUAUGCCAUGCCUCCCAUUCCUCCUACACCACCGUCCGGCACACAGCAGACCUCGCCCCUACCGCACAAGACGCCGAUGACUCCCAUUUCUGCCAACUCAAUGCACAAAGAUCAGCCACGAGUCGAUCCAACAUCUCCCACGAACCGAACAUCUCCAUACCCGAACGAGCCCUAUUCACCGCACGGAUUUACAUCAGGUCAAAACAAUAACUUCCAUGCGGUCUUCUCUCCAGAUGCCGCACAUGGCCCAAACGGCCUAGAUUUUGCUGCACACCAGCCGGGCCAGAUAUCGCACCCGAACAUGGAGCUCGAGAAAUCGAAGGAAUGGUCGAACAGUCUCUGCGCAUGCAGUCCUGACCCCUCGACUUGCUUGACGGGCCUCUUCUGCCCCUGCAUCCUCUACGGCCGUACGUCGUACCGCCUGUCCCAGAAAUCCGCGAAGAAAGACCCCACAGAUAUGCUCGGUCAUAGCUCUACAAAUGGACACUGCAUGGUCAUGGGAUUAUCAUGCGGACUAUGGUGGUUGUUCCCCAUGCUACAACGGACACGUAUUCGACGCGCGUAUAAGCUCGACGGCAGCUUUGGAAGUGAUUUGCUUAAAGGAUGUUGCUGCUGUUGCUGCGUCACUGUGCAGAAUGAGAGGGAGGUAAAACACAGAGAGGAAGUUAGUAGACGGUGGGCCGGUCCGGCGAGUACAGAUGCUUACACAAGAACUGGAGGGAUGGUGUAUAAACCACAACAAUAG